AUGACUACAGUUGAAAAAAUCAAGGCCAUCGAAGAUGAGAUGGCCAAAACUCAAAAGAAUAAGGCCACCUCAUUCCAUUUGGGCCAGCUAAAGGCCAAGUUAGCAAAACUAAGACGAGAGUUACUCACUGAUGGAGGCUCUGGUGGUGGUGGUGGAGGUAUUGGUUUUGAUGUUGCAAGGACGGGUGUUGCAACUGUUGGGUUUGUGGGAUUCCCCUCAGUUGGUAAAUCAACGUUGCUAUCGAAGUUGACAGGGACCCACUCUGAAGCAGCAGCUUAUGAGUUUACAACAUUAACCACUGUCCCCGGUACGAUCAAGUAUAAAGGAGCCAAAAUACAAAUGUUGGACCUACCUGGUAUUAUAGAAGGGGCCAAAGACGGUAAAGGUCGUGGUAAGCAAGUCAUUGCAGUUGCAAGAUCGGUGAAUCUAUUGUUUUUAGUGUUGGAUGUCAAUAAGCCAUUACAGCACAAGAAAAUUAUCGAGCAGGAAUUGGAAGGUAUGGGAAUAAGGAUAAACAAGGAGCCACCAAACAUAGUAUUGACAAAGAAAGACAAGGGAGGAAUAAACAUCACCAAUACUGUACCAUUGACGCAUUUGGAUAAUGACGAGAUCAGAGCGGUUAUGUCGGAAUAUAAGAUCAACAGUGCCAACAUUGCAUUCCGAUGCGAUGCAACUGUUGACGACUUGAUCGACACGAUAGAGUACAAAGCGAGAAAGUAUAUUCCUGCCAUUUACGUUUUGAACAAGAUUGAUUCCUUCUCUAUUGAGGAGUUGAACCUUUUGUCAAGAAUACCCGACGCUGUGCCAAUUUCCUCGGGAAACGGAUGGAACUUGGACGAGUUGUUAGAGGUGAUGUGGUCCAAAUUGAAAUUGGUCAGAGUAUACACAAAACCCAAGGGUAAAUUGCCAGAUUUCAACGAACCAGUAGUGUUGAGAAACGAUAGGUGCACCGUAGCGGACUUUUGUAAUUCGAUACAUAAGUCCUUGGUGGAGGAUUUUCGAAAUGCAUUGGUUUACGGAACUUCGGUGAAACACCAACCGCAAAUUGUAGGUCUUAACCAUGAUCUAGAAGAUGAAGAUGUAAUAACAAUCUUGAAGAAAUAA